CAGCGAAGGUAUUUUUGCUGUUGUUCUUAAACUUUUGGUGGCGGUGCUACGUCAUCUUGCACAGGAACAUCAAACCUUACUUCUCAAGCAAGGUCCCGAUGUGCACCAAGGGACUAAUACUACUCGGCCAUAGUAUGCCCGCAAAGGAACUUCAUCAUGAUUAUCCAUUUUACACGUUGUUUCUGAUUUUGAAAUUUGAACUGUCCCACCGUCCCUAGAGGCUAGUAGUCUUCGCAUUGAUAUCAGUUAAACGAUGAGCUGGGUGUCUGGCACGCAAGCUGAUCUACAAGGAUUAUUGAACGUCACGGCGGAUUCGCUAGCAGAGUAUUGCGGGCUGACUGGCGAUCAGCAGGAAAAUUUGGUGUUCCUCGAACGACAGCUUGAUUUGCUUCUAAGGAGUCCAUCUGAAAACGCGAUCAAUUCUGAAUUUAGCGCCAAGUAUCUCCCAGCCCUCGCGGACGCCUACAAUGCGCAAGACACGGCAUUCAGCAUACCCAUGAGAAUGCUCAAUAUCAUUUCUUACCUGCCGUACUUUGCUAGGUUUCUAUUGACCACGGCGAAGUCGUCGAUUUGUAAGACUCAAGCGCGUCGCAUGGCCGCUGCAUCUUCAGAUCCAGCAGAUCCUACGUACAUCGUAGAAAUGUGCCAGUUUCUCUCGAUCCUCUUAGCCCUGCAGGGCUUGGAUUCCGUCAGCGAGGAAGAUAAGCAAGUGCUUCUUCCAAAGCUACGUGAAUGGAAUAGGAAGUACCAGAGGCAACAGAUCACACGUUGCCUCAAGCAGCUCGAGGGUGAUUCGGAAACAACGUUCAUGGCAGAAGGCCUGAAACAACACUGUGAACAGUCUCUCAAUGAAUGUGGCUUUGUCGACUGUGGAACGUCCAGAACCUCAAAGCUCUUGCAAUGCUCUCGGUGCAAAACAGCUGUUUAUUGCGACCGUGAUCAUCAGAAGAAAUCUUGGCCGGUACAUAAGACAACGUGUUUCCCAGCGGUCUUUUGAAAUAUCUCUUGUGAGAUCACGGACUGGGACUUGCUACUGCUCUUCGCCACCGAGAGAUAUCUCUGUAGCAUUUUUCAGGGCUGUAAAUUCUUGACAACCUGCAUAAAACAUGUCUAUUGACUUGCUUUUGACCCUUAUUUCGUCGA